GUACACAUCAUAUUUGUUUUGCUUGUUUCAUUUGUGCCCCUUUUUGCUACUUUUGCUGGACCCCAUUCCCCCCAGAGAACUCAAUUAAAUGGUAUUGCAACAAAUAAAAAUGCUGCUGCUGGGCAUCAUAACGCUGUGCCGGCGUGCCCUCUGCUGUUUCUCGCGUCGCCGCAAGCUCAGCCACGCCGGCAACGAUCAGCUGCAAGCGGUGAUGAUUGGAGGCGACAUUGCCACAAAAACAAAUGCGGCGGCGAACAGCAAAGAGCGCGAUUGGAACUCCUGGGAUGACAGUCCGCGCACCGUCGAGGAACACAUUGAACAAUAUCGACAGCGAAUGGCACAGCCACCAACGCCGCCAAAAGAGGAACCCGAACCAGACUUCUUUAGCGAACUGACGCCUGUUAUCAAGCCGCAAUUGAAGUAUUUUCUGGAAGAUGCGGCGGCGUCGACGUCGACAGCAGCACCAGCUGACUUUUCAAGACUGAAGGCCAAUGACAUGGUUCCCAUUAGUGCAAAUGCUGAUCUCGAGGACUGGGUAGAUGACAAUGCCGGCGGCUGGGAGGAGCUGGACACCUCACAGACCAAGCAGAUAAUACGGGAGAAGCGCCGCGAGAUGCGUCAUCAGCGACAGGUGCCAUUGAAGGCGCCACAGCCGAGCAUUGGGGCGCAACGGAUAAGCGAUGUGCAGAGAAUGGCGUAGUUAUUAAUGAUAAUGAUAAUAAUUAUCCAAAUGAUGUUCCUUCGUUUCAUCAUUCCAAAAUGUUCUUUUUUAAAAAUCUGCUAAAACAAUUCUAGUUGACAAUUGGCCUUAGUUUAAUGACCCCGUCCCCGCACUCUCCCCCCGCCAGUCCAUCAGCCAACAUCUUGAGUUUGUUCAACAUGGAUUGGCCUCAAUAAAAAACAAAACAAAACAAUAAGAAACGUCA